AUGCGGAGAAUUCGAGGGUUGCUUCAUGCGAAAUGGAAUGUCAGAAUUAUUCAUGUGUAUCGAGAAGCUAAUAAAGUUUCUAAAGUUUCUGACGCUAUGGCCUCAUUGUCAUUGGGAUGUGUUCUAACUGGGAUUAAUUACUAUGAGAAACCUUUAGUUGAGAUUGAGCAUUUGUACAUGUUUAGUGGAUGUUUUGAGAGAAUGUUGCCGGAACAGUGUAAAGCACAUGGCGGAAACGGGAAAUGUGCCAUGCAGGGGGUGAUGGCGGAAAUGGGAAACGUGCCAUGCAGGGGUGAUGGCGGAAACGGGAAAUCCGCCAUUGACCGGCCUAGAUCAGCGCGCGCGUCAGUCCGCGACAACAAUGCUUUGAAAGUGCAUAAUCAGUGCCGAUUUGACCCACCAAAUGAUGCAAUAAUACCACUCUUGGAACAAUGUGGUUUUGGUUAUGUCGUGCGACUCCGAAAGUGUAUGCUUGAUGCUCACUUAAUCACAGCUAUGGUACUUAGAUGGAGACCCGAUAUGCAUACAUUUCAGCUACCUAGCGGAGAGUGCACGAUAACUCUCCAAGAUGUGAACAUGUUACUUGAUCUACAGAUUUCUGGACAAGCAGUUAGUGGAAGAAAUGACUCUGUUUGGGAACAGUUUCCACGAUUAUUGGGAGUCAAUCCGCCCGAGAGAAAACAUGGAUAUUCUAUUAGGACAGCAUGGCUAAAAGAACAACUUAGUUCGAUGCCACCCAAUCCUAACGAAGAACAAGCAAUGCAACAACUAAGGAUGUAUCUUCUAUAUUUUUUCGGUAAAUUUUUAGUACCCGAUAAAUCUGGCGACCGUAUACAUACUAUGUAUCUGCCGCUCUUGGAAGAUAUACCCACAAUAAGGAGUUAUAGUUGGGGUUCUGCUUGUUUGGCUUCUCUGUAUAGAGGCUUGUGUGACGCGGCAACUCCAUCAAAAAGAGGCAAUUCUGUUUCUGGAUGUGUCCUACUUCUUCAAGCAUGGGCACGUUCUCGCAUAAUCAUGUUUCAACGUGAAAGAGUUAGAGCUCCACCCUUCGAUAGACCAUUGGCAUUGAAGUGGGUUGCUAUCGGGACAAGGUAUCAAGGAGAUCCAGCACACAAUUUAGUUGCCGCUAAUAUUAUGCUUGAUCAUAUAGAGCCAUCUGGGUUUAUUUGGACUCCUUACGAUAUUUCUCAAACGUUGUAUCCAGUGGACGUAGAAUGUUGGUCGGCAACCACAUAUCUCAUUAAUUUUGGGAUUGUUGAGUACCACCAAACUGACAGAGUCCGAUUACAAUUUGGACUUAAUCAUGUCGCAAGGGACGACGCGCAAAUCAUGGAACAUUACCAUGAGAUAGACAUGCGCAAAAAUGUUCAUGAUUGGGCCGCCAAAUUUCAUGCUGAAAUCCAACACUGGAAUCAUCGAAAUAUUCGUGCUCUACAAGGAGAUCUUGCCGAUGUUGUACCACUGAUGCAUUCAAACGAGUAUUUGCAUCAAUAUACAAGAGACUACAUGCCAUAUGUCUCUGACAAUUAUUAUUUGAACGACCCACGUCCACGUCCUGAUAUGCCGCCACAAUAUGCCAAUAGCCCACAUUCCUAUACCCAACAACAACAACAAUACACCAACAUCCCAUAUACCCAACAACAACAACAACAACAAGAAACUUGUAUCCCAGAUCCACCACCAUUCACCCAACAACAACAACCAUUUACCCAACAUACCAUGUCAUUUACUGAAUCCGACUUUAUGACCCCACAGCAACUAACGCGGAAUUUCUUCGGAUACGACCGCGCCGACUUCGAAUCACCGGGAACUCGACAAUUCAAUGAGAAUUACUCAAAUUAUUUUCCACCUGGUGAAUUCACACAACCCCAACAAACCCAACAAACCCAACAAGUCUCUCAAGAUUUACCGUGGACAGAAUUAUCAGGCAAUUAUUUAAACUCAACGUGGACUCAAGGUCAAGGUUCAACGUCGGCUUUCGGUCAACCCGCUCCACGCAAUGAAGGUAUAAAUUUUCUUGGAGUUCCAGAUAAUAAUCCAAACGAGGACGACGGUGAUGUAGAAAUAUUUGGAGUUGGACUUCGUGCUCGUACUCGUCCCCCUUGUGGCACCGGUGGAUGCCUAUAGUGUUUUAGUUUGUAUUAUUAGUACUAUUGUAAUAAAAAAUAUUUCGCAAUAUAUAUUAAGUUUGUAUCA